UACCAGUUCAUGCAUGUUAGUACUUCGCAGGUUUGCAGGGUGUCCACUAACCCGGUUCACGCCGAUUGUGUGCUGCAGGCCAGCCGAGCUUAUUUUUUCCACGAUCUGUUAUUCGCUAAUUUCCACUUACUCAACUUCUCUCCUCCGUCUACCGACACUCGCUUUCAUUGUCCUCCAUGCAAGCCAUUCGCCUGGCGCGCCCUAGAGUCUCCUUACGCCGUCUGGCGACCAUCGCUCAGGUGCCCACGUCCGGACCCUCGUCUGUGACCGCGUCUGUCAUUCCUCUCUCUAACGUUGAGGCACAAUGGGAAAAUAUAUCUAAGAGCGAGCAGGCAGUUGUCCACAGGCAGCUCGAGGAGUUGCAGAAGAAGGACUGGAAGACGCUCUCUUUGGACGAGAAAAAAGCUGCAUACUAUGUUGCCUUUGGCCCGCAUGGUCCCCGAGCUCCUGUCAGCCCACCUGGUCAGGGCUUCAAGGUUUUCCUUGGCACCAUGGGCCUUGUAGGUGUCGCUGGAUUACUCACCUUGGCUAUCCGUUCACAGUCUCCACCUCCACCGAAAACGAUUACACGCGAAUGGGAGGAAGCAAGCAAUCAACGUGCACUCGAGCAAAAAUCGAACCCUAUCACUGGCAUAUCAUCGGAAGGGUACUCUGGAAAGGGCUACGUGGUGUCGAAAUAAAUGCACUUUGGGUUUACUUUUCUGUUGCUUAUGCGCGCACUAUGGACAUUGUCCUGUGUCUGCUGUGAAGAGAAAAGACUUGCAUUAUACCGUAGAGUCUACCUUCCUUUUCUUUACUUCUGCAUCUGUUGGAAUCCAUUUUGGUGUGCGAUCAAUGCGGCAAUGCUAUUUAAGUUUUGCAGACAUCAAGAAAGGCAUCGUUCGCGGCGCUUAGCAUGGU